UUAUCAACGAGCUGCUAGUUGGCGUUCAACUGACAGUUGUGAAGUGGGUACUUUUUUCUUAACUGUCUUUCUCGUGCCCGAGGUUGGUGCUGACUUUUUUUUAAAGGAAAUCACCGAAACAGGGAAAAGUAACAUAAUCCACAAUGUUCUCGUCACUGUAUGAAGCUGCCAAAAACUCCCCAUUCCGGACGCCAUUUUCCAAAGUCCAAUGCGACAGCACCGGUAAGUCGGGCCCUGUGUCCGGACGCCAGAUUCAGGCAGCUUCAACUCCUACUGGUGAUUCGUGCGAAUUCGGCAGCAACAAAUACUAUGCCCUCUGCGGUGUCGGCGGUAUCCUGUCCUGCGGUACUACGCACACCUUCGUCGUACCGUUGGAUUUGGUGAAGUGCCGACUCCAAGUUGAUCCCAAAAAGUACAAGAACUUGAUCAAUGGCUUUAAGCUUACUGUGGCUGAAGAAGGCGCACGUGGUCUGGCUAAGGGCUGGGCUCCAACAUUCAUCGGCUACUCGGCACAGGGACUGUGCAAGUUCGGCUUGUACGAGGUCUUCAAAGUGUACUACGCCAAUCUGUUGGGAGAAGAGAAUGCC